AGCAGAUGAUUGAAAUGCAUUCCGAUUUAGAAAGUGAUGAAGCCCCCUUGAAAAAUAUAGGCUUUUCGUAUAUUACUGAUGCCAAUGAUGAUUCUGGAGUAGCCUUGAAUCAGUGUACAGAUGGUUUUCGGGAUGUUAAGAGGCAAGUUUUGGAGCAGAAGAAUUGUUUGAACGAGAUGCUGAAUUUGCUGAGAAAUCAAAUUAAAGAUAAACCAGUAUGCACAAAAUGCCAAAAACCGAUCCCAGACCUCAACGCGACUCCAGAAAACGACUCCUUAUUCAAAGAAUGCCUCAAUGAAACAAAAUGGGCCACACCGAUCUCAUCAACGUCCCAAAUGAUUGCAGAAGACUUGUCACAAAAUCGUGGCCCUUCGAACCUUUUCAGGCCCAUCAGCGAAGACAACCUCAAAACCGACGACUGUAACGAUUCUGAAGAAAAUUACGAGACCAUGGUCUCCAAAAUUUGUCCGAUGUGUAAAAAGGAGUUUCCUGAAUACAAUUUGAACGAAUUGACUGAACAUGUUAAUGGCCAUUUUUCGGAAGGGAAUAAUAUGGCCAUUGAUUCGAAUUUUGAAAUCGUGACGCACACUGUUGGGAAUUUUUAAAUUGAGGUAAUAAUAGUUGUAGGAAAAUGUUUAAUUUUAUAUUUAAGGGGGGUAUUCU